AUGGGUAUCCUACAGAAGAUAGAAGAUAUUGAGAAGGAGAUGGCCAGGACGCAGAAGAACAAGGGUGACGACGGAGCUAAGCUGGCCAAGUAUCGCGCUCAGCUCCUCGAGCCCGAGAAGAAGGCGGCGAAGGGCGAAGGCUUCGACGUCAUGAAAUCUGGAGACGCCCGCGUCUGUUUAAUUGGGUUUCCCUCGGUUGGAAAGUCGACUCUUCUCUCCAAGGCAACCAAAACUGAGUCGGUUGUCGGCGCAUACGAGUUCACCACUCUCACUGCGAUUCCCGGUGUGCUCGAAUAUGAAGGCGCGCGUAUCCAGCUCCUGGACCUGCCUGGUAUUGUGCAAGAUGCCGCCAAGGGUCGUGGCCGUGGUCGUCAGGUGGUUGCCGUGGCCAAGACUGCCGACCUCAUCCUGAUCAUGAUCGACGCAACCAAGUCAGAUGAGCAGAAGGCGAUGCUUGAGCUUGAACUGGAAGCUGUCGGUAUCCGGUUGAACACUGCAGCCCCCGACGUUGUCUUCAAGAACAAGACGGCCGGUGGAAUCACGAUCAACUGCACUGUAAAGCUCACUAAGACCGACGAGCGCACCAUUCGUUCCGUUCUCCAGACUUACCGAAUCCACAACUGUGACGUGAUGAUUCGCGAGGAUGUCACCAUUGACGAGUUUAUCGACGUCCUCCUCGGCACACGAAAGUAUCUUCCAGCGCUCACCGUCAUCAACAAGAUCGACGCCGUGUCGAUGGAGACUGUGGACCGGAUGGCUCGGGCAGGGGAUGGCAGGACUGUCAUGAUCAGUUGCGAAGCCGACCUGGGUCUUGACUGGCUUCUUGACAGCAUUUGGAAGGAACUUGGGCUUGUCAAGGUGUACACGAAGAAGCGCGGAGUACAGCCCGACCUUUCCGACCCCAUUUGUUUGAGGGCUGGUGCCACCAUCGAGACUGUCUGUCACGGCAUUCACCGCAGCCUGGCGUCUCAUUUCAAGUACGCGCUGGUGUGGGGCAAGUCGAGCAAGUUCAACCCGCAGCCUCAGAAGGUUGGUUUGACACAUGCGGUUCACGACGAAGAUGUCGUCAGCAUCUUCACCAAGUAA